UCAGAAACAAGAGGGAGUUGUUGCCAGUGAUACAGUACAGACAGACACACAACUCAUUUACCUCCUGCAACUUCUAGCAGGACCAGUAGUUGUUGUUGGGCUUUUAUUUUUUCAAACAACCAGGAGUGGAAGUGCAGGCGAUAGAAAACGGGUGGUGCUUACAAGCAGAGGUCAGGCAGGCAGAGGGGGAAACCGCUGGAUGUUUUUAAGAGUUUUCUUAUCUGACAGUGACAACAGGAUGAGAAGCUGAGCAAAGGGGAGCAGAGAGGAAAAAAAACAUGGAGCAGGCUCCGUUACCUAUAGUUACAUAAGAGAGAUAUGCACUGGCUCGCUCUGACGGGGUGAAAACUGACAGACAGAGCUAAACAGUCCACUUUGUCCAUUCUGUCCAAAGGAGCAAGAGACUGAGCCGAGGGAUCGUAACACUGGAGCUCAAGGAUAAACCAUGGACUCUGCAUACAUCCCACCACACCUGGACGUCCACCAUGCUCCCUGCUAACCUCUUGCUCCUCAUGGUCUUGCUGCUACCUCAAGCUUCAUCUGGUCGCCAGGGUGGAGACAUUAGCGACAUCGAUCAUGGCAGGGUGUCCCCCACACCUUCCUCCUCGUCAGCCACGCCACCGCCCCCCGAUCCCAGCCUGGCUCAAACCAUCCAGACUCUCCUCUUGAGCCGGCUGGGCCUGCAGUCUCAGCCUGACCCACGACGCGGGGUACCGGUGCCACAGUACCUCCUAGAUCUGUACCGCUUCCACCAGGAGCAGUACCAUCUCGUGGAAGAUCCCUCAUUUGAUUUUCCCAACCAGCACAUUCAGCAGGCCAACACUGUACGCAGCUUCCACCACAGCGAGCUUCUUGGAAGCCCUCCCAAAUUGAAGGAUCAUACAAGAGUUCACAUAUCAUUCAACAUCUCCUCCAUCCCUCAGGAUGAGACCGUGGUAUCUGCUGAACUAAGGCUCCUCCGUGGGGAUAGAGCCUCCGUGGAACGUGGGCCCCACAGACUAAAUCUAUACCUCUCCAAAAGCCAGGAGGAUCCUCAGCUUACUUUGCUGGGAACAAGGUUACUUACCAAUGGCAUCCACAAUCAGAAACCAGGAGGUGUCUGGGAAGCCUUUAGUCUAAGUGCAGAGCUCCUCCAUAAGGCCCAUGCUGAGACUGGCAGACUGGGCUUCCUCCUGGAGGUCAGGCCUGAAAACGGCACCGCCUCUCUUCUUGACCAGAGCUCGGCUGCAGAGAAACAAAAACACGGACACCUCCGAGUGUGCAGGUCUGUGGGGCAGGACGAUCACAGCUGGGCCCGAGAGAGACCCCUUUUGGUGACCUACAGUCACGAUGGCCACGGAGAACCUCUGGUCAAACAUGGCAGGCGAACCUCUGGUAACGGCCAGAGGAUGAGGGGAAGAAAAGGGUCAAAAGUGAGGGGCAGGAACAGCAGCAGGGGUCGCAAUCGAGAGCAAGGAUGGGGGAGGUCCAAAAAAAUCGGGUUUCCGGUGCACGUCUGGGGGGACGAGAAAGGGGGGGUCAGCUGGAGCGAUAGUGGACGGGUAAAAAGAAACGGCGGUCACUCGGCAAAACUGAAGCGACUCUCUCGCGGCAGAUGCCGCCGUCAUCCCCUGUACGUAGAUUUCAAAGACGUGGGUUGGCACAAGUGGAUCAUCGCGCCCAGCGGCUACGACGCUUUCUUCUGCCUGGGAGAGUGUCGCUAUCCUCUGGCCGACCACAUGAACGCCUCCAGCCACGCCAUGGUUCAGACCAUGGUAAACUCUGUGAACGAAGCGGUGCCGCGGGCCUGCUGCGUCCCCACCUCCCUCAGCCCCAUCGCCCUGCUCUACUUGGACAAUCAAGACCGAGUCGUGCUGAAGAACUACCAGGACAUGGUGGUGGAGAGCUGCGGCUGCUGGUAGAUGCUCGGAGAAAACGGGGACCCGCGUGCAGACAGAGGCCCGUGGUGGUAGUAUGAAAGUUCAGAGUCAUGAAAGGGGGGGGGAGAAAGUGGGAAGAAGAGACUGUGUCAGCCAGAAAACUGCAACGGCCAGAGACCGAUCAAGAGAAAUGUAGCAGCAUAAGAAAGCGUGAGUGGAGGGGAGAGAGAUAAGGGAACGAAUGAAGCAGCUAAUUCACCAAAAUAGAAGCGAGUCACAGAAAAAGGGAAAAUGGUAGGGAAAAAUAAAGACUGCCACGUAUAAGGAUAAAUGACCAGACGACAGGGCAAGGGAAGACAUGUGAGGAAAAACGCUAUCUGCCAUUAAAAAAAAAACUGCCAGGAAUGACUUUCUUUUCCCAUUAGGCAAUAAAGCAGCUCCAUACAUCACCAGCUGACAGUCCGCUUGUUCUCUUAUUAGAAGCCACUGUUCAGAGGCUUUAGCAUCAGAGGGUAUCGCUUCACCUUUUCAACUCCCCAACCUCUGACAAAGCUGUCCUACGGGCACUCGCUCAAGAAGCCCGCUUUGUUUUUCAAAAGUCAAAAGUGUCUUCCUCCAUUUCAAGCGCUGGUGCAGCAUUUAAAAAGUUUUAUAUCUUCCGGGUGGAGCAAUGGUUGACUGAAUGCAUCAGUGAGAAGUCGAUGGCACGAGCACAGCAUCAUGACUUUAUUUGACUGGGCUGUUUCUGCAGUAUUCAAACAAAAAAAAAGGGCUGAUCUGUUUUUAUCAAAGCUAACACGACAGCAGACUGUCCCUUACAAGCAACCACUACAUCACAUCCUAUUUAAAACAACAAUUAUGCUGAGGAAUUAUUAUGCUAUUAUUUGAAUGUACUGCUAUCAUUAUUAUUUAAGACAAGGAGACUUUUUGUAAAUUUUGUUUUGCAGACGUGAAGAAAAUUCAUGUGCUGGUUGUCUUGUGAUUAUUCAUAAUUCCACUGAAUUCUAACUUAAAGACACAUUAUGUAUUUAAAAGCAGCAAUAUGAUGUAUUUAAUCUUGAAAUAUUUAAGAUACCUUCACUCAUCAGAGCAUAGAGCAUCAUGAAAGCCUGCCAUACACAUGAAGUAAGUUAUGAUAGCUUUCAUAUCAAUGCAAGCGGUCAGUGUUUUGAAUUAACAGCCUGUGUUACCUCCCUCCUUAUCACUGCACACAUUUUGCUGUACAACACUUAAUAGCAGACAUGAGUGGUAUUACCUCUAAAAGCUCCACUAACACAUCAAUCGAAAGCUCUGUGUAUUGUAGCUGCUGAAGUGUGUCUUUGCGAUAGUUGUGUCUGCAUGUGUCAAGAAAAAAAAAGGAUGACUGAUAUUAAACCUGGGACUUUAGUGCCUUUUUAAACAGGGGCUUUAAAAGUGUUCUCUGCUGAGCUUAGUAAAUGUUUUUCAGUGUUGUAUUUUUCUCUCUAAAUGGAAACAUUUAAGCCACAGCUAGUAAAAUGUUUGACAAUAUACCUCUAAUAAACCGAGCAAACAGCACGGGUGUCAAGUGACUUUUCUAUUGCAUCAUAAAUUUAAGUUUCUUUUCAGGGAUUUGGGGGGUUGGAAAAGACUUUACAUUCAGUAUUUUCUUGGAACUGGACUGAAAAUAUAUGGCAAAAAAGUCCCACCGAAA